UCUAAGGCGACCCUGGACGCACGUUCGACAUGAAAAACAGAAGGAAAAAGAUCCCAAGGUUCCUGAUAUCGCGAAAGGUGUUUAGUAUUAUAUUUCCUCUAAAAUUCUGCUCCUGGUGCGUAUGUUCUGUGUAUUACUUUAAAAGACACUCUUAUCUUCCUUUCAGAUUCAGCUCCAAGCGAUUGCAGGAGCCGGUGGACCUGGAUAUCCGGUUACUUCUGCAGGACCCAGAAAAUGCAGAACCUCGAGAGCGCGAACCUCGACCUCUCGUCCCGGAAGUACCUUGCCUCGGGAACUCACUUCCGCUCGAUAAUUUUCCUAGGCUGAUUCACAGCGGCUGCUCGGUCGUUUCGUUUGCUCAACUCGCCAGACAUUCAAUUUUAACAAAAAUGAGUACGGAGCUACACAACGCUACGGUUUUAGGCGAUAUCAAAAUCAUGACGCUAAAUCGUAGCGGCGACUCUGGAAGUAGGACUCUGUGAUCGUCGCCUCCGUCGACAAUGAGAAUACCGUCGUGGCCGAGAUAAACGUGAACACGAACGCGUGGCUUGGAGGACAGAGGUUUUUCCCUAUUCAACGCUACUUCCCAAAACAAUCUUUAGAAAGAGACGGUAACUAUAGAACUCAAGAACUAUUGAAAAAGCCUAUUGUUGAAACAUUUUUAAACCAUUUCUAAGAAAGUGCAGUGCCAAAUUGACACCCGUGUAGUAUCUCAAUUUUUAUGAAAUAUUAUUGG